AUGGCCAUCAACACCAGGCGCCCGACUCAGGAGCCGGCAGCGCGGGCAGCUGGGCCUGGCCUAUGCGGAGGGCGGAUCGAGCGGCUCCACCCGGCCGCCGGCGCUGCGCCUGCCCCUGGCGGCUCGGACCCGGUCGCGGGCCUGCAGGUCUUCGCUGAGCCUGCGGGCGGCGCCCUGGAGCUGCUGCUGUCUGAGGGCCCGGUGGGCCGAGGCGUGCGCUGGUGUCCUCGCGAGCGGGCCCCCCUUCCUGCAGGCACCCCGCACCGCGACCUCAGCCGCCGCGUGGCCUCCACCACGGGGAGGAACGAGGCGCUCUUCAGAGGCCACACAGCACCACCCACAGGAUUGCCCACGACAGGAGUCUGUUAUCACCGAGGCAGUGUCCCUCUAUCAGGCACUGCGCUGUACCCGGCAGGGGCUUCUGGGGGCCUAGUGCAGGCCUCCAUUCGCACCCCACUGCGCUGUGGUGUCCACGCUGGCCCCGGCACUUUCCUCUUCAUGGGCUGGGGCCAUUUUGGUGCGGCCUGGCUUGGCUGUGCACCCUGCUUUCAGGAAUUCAGCCGGGCCUAUGCCACUGCCCAUACCACGCCCUCUGCCCCUUUGAAGUGGUACCUGAUGGAGGGGCGUGGAAGCAGGGCUCUGGAGAGAGGCCAGGAGGAGGAAUUUCUCUGGCUUAAAGAUAUCUUGCUGAUGAUGUCUGUGUUCAAGCACGUUCACCCUUGGAUGUUGAACUGA